GCCAUGCAGAUUUUUGUUAAGACUUUAACUGGAAAGACCAUCACGCUAGAGGUCGAACCUAGCGAUACCAUUGAAAAUGUAAAAUCCAAAAUUCAGGAUAAAGAAGGUAUCCCACCAGAUCAGCAACGGUUGAUCUUUGCUGGUAAGCAAUUGGAAGAUGGAAGAACCCUAUCCGAUUACAACAUCCAGAAAGAAUCAACUCUUCACUUGGUACUUCGAUUACGUGGUGGCGUUAUUGAACCUAGCUUGAGAAUUCUUGCCCAAAAAUACAACUGUGACAAGAUGAUCUGCCGCAAGUAA